AUGUUGGUUGAGGCUACAACCGGAUUUUUCCUAUAUAGAAAAUCACGUCUUCUCGCCUCCUUCUCUUCUUCGUCGAUCGCUUUGACGAACUCGAUUCCGCCCAGCCGUUACAGGCUACCAAAUACGAUUAGUAACCUCCGCUCCGACGCUCGCCAUGGUUCACGGGUAGCCGUAUCAGCAUCUUCCCUCCUCCAUCAGUUUCUAGGAUUUAGUAUUUCUUCGUCUAAUGGUGUUCGGCUUCAUUUCUCUGUUUAUGACAAGUAUCUGUAUGCACUUGAUCGGAAAAUGGAAAACGCGUGGACAUAUUCACGCUUCUCCUUGAUCAGAAGCUGCUGCAAGGCAAAUGGUGACGACAAGGACAACACUGAACACUGUAGUGCAGGAGAAGUGGAAUCUGAGCUUGAAGACGAGAGGGUCGUAAAAAGGAAAGUCAACAUUGACUUGGUUGCAACACCCUGCAAGAGAGAGAGACUUUCAAGGGGAAGCAAGGAGGGAUUGAAAGAUCCACCAAAUCAAGAACAGAGAAACCUGAUAUCACUGCAGCAAAUGGAGUGGUAG